AUGGAGUGAUUGUAUACGCGCGUUCUUCUCACUUUGCACAGUUUUAUCCAUACAACUUUGAUCACUUUUCAUCUUAUCUUUUCUCUCUACUUGCCUCAUGUAUAUAAAUCUUCGAUAACUGCAAGUAAUCACAAUCGAUGAUUUUUUUCGAUCGAAAUAGUUUCGUAGAGGACGAUCGAUGAGAGUACGUUCUAUUUGGUGCUCAUAACGCUCACAAAUAUCAUUCUUGUUUAACAGUUGACAAACAACAAUGAAAUGCUUACACGAACGUUGCGAACGUCAAGUGAAACGUACUUUAAAUGAACGUAUGUUAACAUAUGUACUAUGUACCAUACCUAGUACAUACAUAUAAAAAUCGUUUCUCAGUUAUAACUGUACGCUUUUAGGUUAGGACGCAACAAUUAGAGAAUGUGUAUUGUACUAGAAAAUCGUCGAGUGAAAGUGCUGAUUGUCAAAAAUUCCGACAGAGUAGAGGGCUGACAACGCUAUCGCGUGUCCUAAAAUAGACGAUAUUUUAGAAAAUGUUGCGUGAGAAACUUCAGUGUAGAUAUUAGUGAUUUUUCCAUGGAUAAUUCACUGGCAUCAACGUUUCCCGAACAAAAACAAUGUCAGAAGUGGUAUUUGCAGGACUUCACAUAUGUUGAAAAAACAUCUAUAUAUUUCUGAGUCUGAUCAAAUAUCUCCAACCAUUAUGGCAGAUGAGGAAGGUACGGAAUGGCUUCAAGAACUGCUGCAUGAUGUGCAGCUCUCCCAAUUCUUUACGCGAAUCCGGGAUGAUCUGCAGAUUACUCGUUUGCAUCAUUUUGAUUACGUCCAAGCAGAAGAUUUGGAGAAAAUUGGUCUGGGUAAACCUGGUGUCAGACGUCUGUUGGACACGAUAAAGAAAAGACGAAAUACCCAAUGGAAAAAGAGUUUAAUUACUAAAAUUAAACCUGGUAGCAGCGGUAAAAGCAACAAGCGAGUUUCACAGUCCGUCGAUACUUCCUCGGUGCUGACAUGUCUUAUACAAGACAAAGAUGUGACAUUAUCCGUUAAAUUAGGCGAUGGAAGCUUUGGUGUAGUGAGAAGAGGAGAAUGGAGCUCCCCCUCAGGGCGAACUCUGCCUGUCGCUGUGAAAGUUCUCAAAGCAGAUGCUUUAACGCAACCAAAUGUUAUAGAAGACUUCAUUUCAGAAGUUCAGGCGAUGCACACUUUGGAUCAUCAUAAUCUUAUUAGAUUGUAUGGUGUGGUGCUAUCGCAACCGAUGAUGAUGGUGACCGAGCUCGCACCUUUAGGUGCGUUACUUGACUAUUUACGGCAGCAAUGCAGUAGAAUCUCGAUUCUCACACUCUGUAAUUAUGCGCUGCAAGUUGCCACGGGUAUGGCAUAUUUAGAAGCGAAGCGUUUUUUACAUCGCGAUUUGGCGUGCAGAAAUGUUUUACUGAGUACCAUCGAUAAAAUCAAAAUCGGCGACUUCGGUUUGAUGAGAGCACUUCCUCAACAAGAAGAUUGUUAUGUUAUGACAGAACAUAAAAAAGUACCUUUUCCUUGGUGCGCUCCUGAGUCUCUCAAGGCUCGACAUUUCAGUCAUGCGUCAGAUGUCUGGAUGUUUGCUGUGACACUGUGGGAGAUGUUAACGUUUGGCGAAGAACCCUGGCUAGGAUUAAACGGUUCUGAAAUCUUGCGUAAAAUCGAUCGUGAGGGUGAGCGGCUUCACAAACCAGAAGCAAUGCCUCCAUAUAUGUAUGAGUUGAUGCUUCGUUGCUGGGCGAGAGAACCCUCGGAGAGACCAACAUUUGCUUUGUUGAAGGAAUCACUGACUGGUAUGGUGCCGUCUGUAAUGAAGGCUCUAACUGCCUUCGAGGAAGCCGGCAAGAUGUCCAUCGAUCCAGGAGACCAGAUUGCGAUCAUCGAUGGACGACCAGAAAAUUACUGGUGGAAAGGCCAAAAUCAACGAACUUUUCAAAUAGAGCAUUUUCCACGUUGUUUAGUUGAUCCAAUGCGCCGAAAACAACCAGAGGAUAUCAGCAAGCCGUUGGAGAAUUCAUUCAUUCAUACAGGACACGGAGCGCCCUUUGGCAAGAGCUGGGGCAGUCCCGUUUAUAUUGAUGAUGUAUAUUUAAGAAACCCAAUGGAUCCUCCGGAUGUGUUGGUGGCAGCCUCGGUUGAUAAUCAGACAAAAAAGAAAUUUUCUUGUGGUACUCCGCGUACUAAAAAACAAUUUAAUUACACAAAAUUGCACAACGAUGCUAGGUCGAGUCCUAUCAAGGUCUCACAAGUAUCGUCAACCUCGAGUAUAAGCCAAGAGGAUACUCUGAUCGAUUUGUCCAUCGAGGAGUCAGCGAGCACAAAUGUACAUGUCGCAUGUAAGCGAGUAAUUAAUAUUCUGGAUGAACCCAUUGAUGAUGAGAGAUUAUCCUGGCAGGAUGAGGAAGGUAGAACAUAUGCCAAUUUUCCUGGUAAUGUGGAUCCUGCGUAUUCUGAUCCAUUUGAUACUUCCGCGGUAUUUAUGAAGCCGCCACAUUCGCGAUAUUAUAGUCAUGUGCCUACUGAUGUAUCUAAUAAUUAUCUGAAGACGCAGACGUAUGGAAACGUGAGUGAUCAGGAAGAAAAAGAUAACGUUCAAGAUGUUGUGAAUUGUUUGAAUAAUUCCACUGAUACAGAGGAGACUUGCCAAUACUCGAUGAAUCUAUACAAAGGAUGUCAGGAGAAUGCAGUUAAUUUGAAUACAGACGUGAAAGAAGAUGACAUUACAAAUCACUAUAGUGAAAUAGAUAAAAUCAGCCCGUGUGCAUCAAGCUGGUCUACCUGGUCUAAUUGGCCGGAAGAUUUGCGAAAAACUUCUACCGCGCAGACGUAUGUUAAUAUUUCUAACAACAGUCCCACAUCCUCAUUUGCUACUAUAAUUCCUCCUCAUCCUCUUCCUCUUCUUCCUCCACCUCCACCACCACCUCCACCUCCUCCCCCUCCCCCUCCUCCCCCUCCUUCUCUUCCUUCUCCUCCUUCUCCUCUUCCUUCUCUGCCUCCUCCUCCUCCUUCUCUUGACCCGAACGUGAGCCUGCCGAAGCCUAAGUCUAAUUUUGAGCUCGCGCAGAGCAUGAACGAGCUGUCGUUGAAUACUAAUUCUGAUCGUCAAGAAGUUGCUGCUGUUGCCAAGAAGUUGGAUCCGGUUUUCUUGGCCGAGCUGGAGAAACAUUUAGGCGAGAAGGAGGCGACCAAGAACAUGAACGCUAGCAACAGUAAACGCCAACAGCCGGAAACUAUUUCCGCAAAUUAUUUACACGACUCAUCGUUAGAAAAAUUGCAACAGAAUUCUACGUCUACUCAUCAGAUUUCAACGAUAGAGGACGCUACCAGACCUUUGUUACUUAUUCCAGCGUUAAAGCCUCCACCACAAGGAAAACCGAAAUCGCCGGUGGCAACUAUAAAUCGAGCAAACGCUUUAUCGACAUCAUCUAGCAAAGUACAGAACUUCUGGCAGCCAAAAAGCACAAAUGUUCAAAGACCGCGACUCCAGAACGACCACUGUGUAUCAGAAUCCGCCACUGAGGCUAUAAUGAGUCAAAUUUGGCAGCAAACGCAAGGUCUAUCGCAGCAGCCAAAUAUUUGCCUGACUAAUUCGGCAGCUAACCAAAUAUUAAUGUCCGUUUCAGUGACUCAAGCGAACGUUAAUCGGCAUCAAGAAACUGCUAGCAACUCUUUCGAUAAUGAUACGAGUGAUCAAAAUCAAUAUAGUUCCUACAAUGUCACCAAGGCCACUACUCUUAUACAGACACAAGCUUGUCUGUCAGAUCAAAAUUAUCCUCAAAAUACGUUGCAUGUCAAUCAGGAUAAUAUCAAUUUGUUUGAAGGAACUUCUGAUAAUACUACUGAUAGUAACACGAACGAGACUCAACAUGGAUCUUGCAACCUUGUCAAAACUGCAAUGGACCAAACACAAAUUUGUCCGUCAAACAGCCAAAGUUAUCUUCCAAAUUCAUUGAGCAUUGACCACGAUGUUUUCAAUUUGCAACAGAUCGCCAUUAGUAACAUUUCUUCCAGUGCCAGGAAUUAUCUUCAGUGCGAUGCAGCUAAUAUUUCUAAAAUGAAUCAAACCCAGAUUUGCUCAUUAACCAAUGGAAGCCAGCAUUAUCUUCAUAAUACUGACUUUAAUCUACUUCAAACGACUGCCAAUUAUGUUUCUGACAAGAACAGGGGCGAAUUCUCUCAGCAUGGGCAUUGCAAUAUCUCCAAGGUUGCGUCUAAUCAGGCACAGAUUUAUUCAUUAUCAAAUCAAAAUUACUCACCGAGUAUAGCACCAGGUUUUUGUAUGGGUGAUUUCGCGUUGCCUCAAGCCUGUCCUCAAAAUAUGGCAGUAUCAUCUAGCACAAGUAACGUUCAUGAAAUCGCCCACAUACAAAAUAACUUGCAGCAGUCGCAACAAUUAAAACCUGUUACACUUUUAUCUCAACAAGUAUACGCCGAAUUGAAACAAACGGUCCCUAAUCUAGAGCAGCUGUCUCAGAACGAAUUUAAUACACUCUACAAUAAAACUGUUCGACAGAACAUUCUCCGAAAUUACUAUUCUAAUAACCUCAGCAGUGAAUCCAGCCAAAAUCAUGUUCAGGAAACUACUGGUAACCAACCAUUACAAAAGAGUAUCAACCUCAAGAAUCCGCCUAUUCAAGGACACGCUUGCGACUUUAGUUCUUAUCUGAAACAGCCGCCGACUUAUACCCCCCCACCUGCUGCUCCUCUUAUGACUCGAAGCUUACUUAAAUCUAGCCAGAAUGAGUAUAUGCAGAGUCAUAAUCCCGCAACUAAAUGCAACUUGAGUAGACCUUCCAAUCUAUUGCAAGCUGAAGCUUCUACGUCGACUAAAAGUGCAUUAACAACGCUGAAUGACUUUGCUGCUGCCAAGGUGAAUUUAUUACAGGUCAAUCAGCAUUCUGUCUGCACUAGUCCACCGCUCACCGCAGCUUCUCAGCAAUUGGUAAUGUCAUUAAGCGACGAAUUUAGAAUGAGUAAAAUCAUGAAGGUACAGAAAGAGACCGUAGAUGCGUCGCAGCAGGAGAUAUUAGCUGCAUUACAGGCAACUGGUUGGGAUACAAAUCAAGCUGCUAAGCAGAUCGCGAAGGACAGGCAGGUCAAACUUGAAAAUCUCAUGAGAUUGGGAUUGGCUACUAAACAACAAUGUGAAAAUGCUUUAAAGCAGACUAAAUAUGACGUAGAAGUAGCAGCUUCGUUGUUGCUCGAUCAGGCCAGAUGAAGAACAAAUGCAGUUAAUGUCCCGACACCUAUGGUACAGCGAUAACUCUGCAUAGGGUAAUGUGGUAAUUUUUGAAUAUGAUACAAUAAAUAAAAUUUGAAUUCAAUUUUUGAAAUUCAAGUUUGAUUUUUUCUUGUUUAGUACCCUUCAAUACUCUUCAUACAUGGAUCAGCAUUAGCAAAUUUAAACGUCAAAAAUUAAAUUAUUUUGUUCAAAAUUGUAUUGUACCAUGUUCGAAAUGUACCGCCUUAACCUACGCAUUUAUUUAUAAAUAAAAACAAACAGAAACUGUUGUGCUUAGAAAGCAAAAUCGAUCAGAGAUCACUUAUAAAUGUUUUGCAUUCCGAUUACAUUUUAGCGAUUGACUGAUGUUGUUAUUGGCUAUCGCAUAUAAAAUAAAAACUGUUAUGCGUAUACGUAAUCAAGAGAUGGUACUGGUAAAGAUAUUGCGCGUCAAUGAUAUUAUUUUUAAGAUGUAACGAAUAUAAUUCUGAAACUGUGAUAUGUUAUUGAUCUUUGUUUGGAUUUACGCUCAU